AUGCCCAGCCUGUACAGCUGUGGCAGCAGCUAUGGCAGCGAGACCAGCAUCCCUGCUGCAGCACACACCGUCAGCAACGCCCCCGUCACAGAGUACAUGUGAGUACAGUAACACCAGUCACAUGGAACACUCAUCUCAAAGAGAAUCACUGGGGAACAGUGGGUGCAGUUACAAGUGUUAGGGGAUCUGUUUUUUCCCUCCACUUUCUCAGUGUUGAAAGGUUCAAAGCAGGCUGUGGUGGUGAGGAAUGUGAGAUACCAUGUGACCCAGGGCUGUACUAGCACAGCCUCCACGUUUAGGGCACCGCUGAGAGAGAGGAGCCGUGCUCUGCUCUCCCAUAGAGGGUCACAUUCUGGCGGCCGCGACCGAUGCAGCUGUUGCUCUCCAGCUGUGGCCCUUUGAAACCCAAGGCCAACAGCUUUAUGAAUGGACCUCUUAGGAUUGGGAUGGGGGCUGGGUUGCCUGGGAGAGGGGAUUUGGUGUUACUCUGGUUUUGGUGGAUUGUACAGUAUAGUACAGCCAUGUAUGUACUGUGGGGGUCUGUGUCUGUGGUGCCUGUAGGGGUUUAAAUGGUAUCAUGAAAGAUUUGUAUAUGUGGGUGUACGUGCUUCUGUGGCAUGGAAAGGUUAUUUUGAGGGUCAAUAAGUCAUGGACGUGUUUGUGAACCUGUUUCUGUGUGUGUUCUGCAGCUGUAGUUCCCUCCCCGCCUGUGUUUAACCUUGGAGUGUGUGUUUGUUCUGUUACACAGGACCCAGAAUGCCAAUGCCUUCCAGAACCCCCGGUGUGAGAACACUCCACUGAUAGAGAGAGAGUCCCCUCCUCCCUCGGUAAGUGUCCCAAUGUCUACGUUAUACACUGAUGGACAGAACACCUCCACUGACUGGGUCAUUUGGCAGCCGUUGUGUAGGACAGGAUAAUGACAAAGAUCUUUCCAAUGAGAUCUUGUUGUUUAAAAGUAAACAGUCUGCCAACAGGGCCUGGUUUUGGAAAUGAUGUCUCAGUGCAGUAUUUUUGCCUCUGAUUUUGACAUAUUGAAGUUAGUUUGGCUCACAGUAAGAGCUAGUCAACAUGACGAUCCUAGCUACCAGUCUCCAUAGGUUGUGUGUUGUAAGUCAACCUGAGUCCUUCCGUCAGUGGUCCCUGUUCCUCCCUGGCCGGUUGCCCUCCUGUCCUGGAGAGUGAGCCCCUCCUCCUCGGUGUCAGUGUGUCUGCUUGGACCUAGACUCUGCGCUGUGUAUCUUCUCUAUACUGUCUUGUCGCUGUUGUUUUCUUUCCUGCAAACCCACACAGUUGUAUUUGACUGCCGGCAUGGAAAGUUACAGCUGGCAGUUAAAGCCCUCGGCGAGUGAGAGAUCGUUUUGGUAACCUCCUCCGCUAUGCUAACAGGUACAGACAAUGCCCCCCCCCCCACCCCCCCACCUUCACUUACUGGCCUGUGUUCCCCCAAACCAAGUCUACUCCCCCCACCCCAACCACCCACGCCCUAACCAGAGCUACCUGCCACCCCACUGCCCUCCUGUGUCUUGCACCUAACACAUGUCCCCUGACUGUGGCCUUGGGCAGCAUGUCAUCCUAUCGCCCAGCACUGCACUGAACAUGUCACGUUCUAGUCCUGCCUUCAGGCCCAUCAUGGCCUUCCUUUCAUGAACAUUUAAGCCUACAUCCGACAAAAAACGACAUUCACGUACUGCGUUGCAUUCCGUUUUGUUCCGAGCCCUUUAGACUAAGUGUUGCAUUCCCCUUUCCACCUGAAACAGGGAAAGGAGUUAUUACUGUGUGAAUUACAUCACAGUGGACUUCUUUAGGGAUUGACGGUUUUGAAAAAGGAACAAGUUAAUUACUGUAGAAGAGAACAACUUUAUCCAGUUGUUGAUAGAUCUGGGCAGUUUGUUGCUAGAACAUUCCACUGGUCCAGAACCUGUACUAGUUCAUUUUGGAAGUCUUGAGUUCUUCUGUGAGCCAGAACAUCCUUCUGCUAUUGUCAAGUUGUUCCACCUAUGUCUCUGCCUCUCUCUCCUGGCCUUCAGAGCUCAUAGAUGUACAGUAUAGCGGGUAGAAUGGCUCCUGAGUGUGGAGUGGGAUGGUCUCCACCUCACUUUACCACUAAGUCUAAGAGACUCCCAUUGAAAAUCAUGUUGAUCUGGCAAGGCCACUUUUCAGCACAACUGUGUGCAGGAUAUAACGUGUGGUUAUAUCCAGUUGGCCGAGCAUGGCGCUUGCAACGCUUAGGAUCGUGGGUUCGAUUCCCACUGGGGCCGCCCACACUAAAAAUGGAUGCACGCAUGACUGCAAAUCACUUUGGAUAAAAGCAUCAGCUAAAUGGCAUAUAUAUUAUAUAGGAGCUAUAGGCGAGUGGAAUAAGGUGUUAGGAGCUUUAGUUCUGUAAACCUGUCACAUAUCCUUUCACAGAGUAUGUACUGCAAGUGCACCUGGUUUUAUCUGCUCCUUUGCAAUAAAUAUGUUGUAAUGUAUACAGAUGUGACAACCCAACCCAAUGCCAGUAUGGUUUAUUAUCUCUAAGUACAGUAUGAUAAGCCCUUACUUUCCCAUGUAGAAACAUACUAUAUAUACACGAUAGAUAGAUACAAUAGAUAUACAGUGGGGAGAACAAGUAUUUGAUACACUGCCGAUUUUGCAGGUUUUCCUACUUACAAAGCAUGUAGAGGUCUGUAAUUUUUAUCAUAGGUACACUUCAUCUGUGAGAGACGGAAUCUAAAACAAAAAUCCAGAAAAUCACAUUGUAUGAUUUUUAAAUAAUUAAUUUGCAUUUUAUUGCAUGACAUAAGUAUUUGAUACAUCAGAAAAGCAGAACUUAAUAUUUGGUACAGAAACCUUUGUUUGCAAUUACAGAGAUCAUACGUUUCCUGUAGGUCUUGACCAGGUUUGCACACACUGCAGCAGGGAUUUUGGCCCACUCCUCCAUACAGACCUUCUCCAGAUCCUUCAGGUUUCGGGGCUGUUGCUGGGCAAUACGGACUUUCAGCUCCCUCCAAAGAUUUUCUAUUGGGUUCAGGUCUGGAGACUGGCUAGGCCACUCCAGGACCUUGAGAUGCUUCUUACGGAGCCACUCCUUAGUUGCCCUGGCUGUGUGUUUCAGGUCGUUGUCAUGCUGGAAGACCCAGCCACGACCCAUCUUCAAUGCUCUUACUGAGGGAAGGACGUUGUUGGCCAAGAUCUCGCGAUACAUGGCCCCAUCCAUCCUCCCCUCAAUACGGUGCAGUCGUCCUGUUCCCUUUGCAGAAAAGCAUCCCCAAAGAAUGAUGUUUCCACCUCCAUGCUUCACGGUUGGGAUGGUGUUCUUGGGGUUGUACUCAUCCUUCUUCUUCCUCCAAACACGGCAAGUGGAGUUUAGACCAAAAAGUUAUAUUUUUGUCUCAUCAGACCACAUGGCCUUCUCCCAUUCCUCCUCUGGAUCAUCCAGAUGGUCAUUGGCAAACUUCAGACGGGCCUGGACAUGCGCUGGCUUGAGCAGGGGGACCUUGCGUGCGCUGCAGGAUUUUAAUCCAUGACGGCGUAGUGUGUUACUAAUGGUUUUCUUUGAGACUGUGGUCCCAGCUCUCUUCAGGUCAUUGACCAGGUCCUGCCGUGUAGUUCUGGGCUGAUCCCUCACCUUCCUCAUGCUCAUUGAUGCCCCACGAGGUGAGAUCUUGCAUGGAGCCCCAGACCGAGGAUUAUUGACCGUCAUCUUGAACUUCUUCCAUUUUCUAAUUAUUGCGCCAAGAGUUGUUGCCUUCUCACCAAGAUGCUUGCCUAUUGUCAUGUAGCCCAUCCCAGCCUUGUGCAGGUCUACAAUUUUAUCCCUGAUGUCCUUACACAGCUCUCUGGUCUUGGCCAUUGUGGAAAGGUUGGAGUCUGUUUGAUUGAGUGUGUGGACAGGUGUCUUUUAUACAGGUAACGAGUUCAAACAGGUGCAGUUAAUACAGGUAAUGAGUAGAGAACAGGAGGGCUUCUUAAAGAAAAACGAACAGGUCUGUGAGAGCCGGAAUUCUUACUGGUUGGUAGGUGAUCAAAUAAUUAUGUCAUGCAAUAAAAUGCAAAUUAAUUACUUAAAAGUCAUACAAUGUGAUUUUCUGGAUUUUUGUUUUAGAUUCCGUCUCUCACAGUUGAAGUGUACCUAUGAUAAAAAUUACAGACCUCUACGUGCUUUGUAGGUAGGAAAACCUGCAAAAUCAGCAGUGUAUGAAAUACUUGUUCUCCCCACUGUAUACAAUAGAUAGAUACAAUAGAUAAAUAGAUGGAUACAGUAGAUAGAUAGAUGGAUACAGUAGAUAAAUAGAUACAAUAGAUAUAUAAAUACAAUAGAUAGAUACAAUAGAUAGAUAGAUACAGUAGAUAUAUAGAUACUGUGUGUGUGUGUGUGUGUAUAUAUAUAUAUAUAUAUAUAUAUAUAUCUCUCUAUCUCUACCUGGUAGAAUUCCAAAUUGUAUACAGGUAAGGCAGUUGAGGGACAAAAUGAUCUGUAGUUCAGGUUUACCUCCCAUCACAGACUGAAUAUGCAAUUCAUUUUUGCCAUUGCCAACCAAAAUGCAGACUGAAACUUGAUUUUAUGCACCAAGCAGUUAGAUUUCUGAUCUCACACACAGAUUGUUCAGAGUCAAAUCUGAGGGUAGGGGAAUCUGAGAUAUUCUGAACCUACUGCUGAUCCUAGGUGUCCACAAUAGGCUGUCCAAAUGACUCCCAGGGUGGCAUUCCCACAAUGCAAAACCGCAGCGCUGUAUUCCGCAUGGACUCUGCACAGUUACUGAAUUUAAAACGAAUGGUCCUACGAGUUUUUACUUCUUCUUUUUUUUUCACACUAGUACCUAAUUUUUCUGCAUCAUCAGAAUCGGACCCUGAAUGUUUUUCUCUGUGUUGGUGCUGUCAUAUGUGAUGUGUGAGGCUUGUUCAUUCUCAAGCCCUCACAGCCAAACCCUCUCUAUUGAUUUGUUAAGGUGACCUGUUUUUGUUGUUCUAAGCUUUUUACAUUAGUAAUGCUUUUUUGAUGUCAGGGCAAACACCUGCACUUUCAAACAUAGCAAAUAUAAAAUAUACACCACUAUCGUAACUAUUUUUAUACAGUGCCUUCGGAAAGUAUUCAGACCCCUUGACUUUUUCCACAUUUUGUUACAUUACAGCCUUAUUCUAAAAUGGAUUUUAAAAAAUAAAAUCCUCACCAAUCUACACACAAUACCCCAUAAUCACAAAGCGAAAACGGGUUUUUAGAUUAUAUAUAUAUUUUUUACAGAAAUACCUUAUUUACAUAAGUAUUCAGACGCUUUACUAUGAGACUCAAAAUUGAGUUCAGGUGCAUCCUGUUUCUAUUGAUCAUCCUUGAGAUGUUUCUACAACUUCAUUGGAGAACACCUGUGGUAAAUUCAAUUGAUUGGACAUGAUUUGGAAAGGCACAAACCUGUCUAUAUAAGGUCCCACAGUUGACAGUGCAUGUCAGAGCAAAAAACAAGCCAUGAGGUCGAAGGAAUUGUCCGUAGAGCUCAGAGACAGGAUUAUGCCGAGGCACAGAUCUGGGGAAGGGUACCAAAAAAUCUCUGCAACAUUGAAGGUCCCCAAGAACACAGUGGCCUCCAUCAUUUUUAAAUGGGAGAAGUUUGGAACCACUAAGACUCAUCCUAGAGCUGGCCGCCUGGCCAAACUGAUCAAUCGGGGGAUAAGGUUAGCGAGGUGACCAAGAACCCGAUGGUCACUCUGACAGAGCUCCAGAGUUCCUCUGUGGAGAUGGGAGAACCUUCCAGAAGGACAACCAUCUCUGCAGCACUCCACCAAUCAGGCCUUUAUGGUAGAGUGGCCAGACGGAAGCCACUCCUCAGUAAAAGGCACAUGACAGCCCGCUUGGAGUUUGCCAAAAGGCACCUAAAGACUCAGACCAUGAGAAACAAAAUUCUCUGGUCUGAUGAAACCAAGAUUCAACUCUUUGGCCUGAAUGCCAAGCGUCACAUCUGGAGGAAACCUGGCACCAUCCUUACGGGUAAGCAUGGUGGUGGCAGCAUCAUGCUGUGGGGGUGUUUUUCAGCGGCAGGGACUGGGAGACUAGUCAGGAUUGAGGCAAAGAUGAACUGAGCAAAGUACAGAGAGAUCCUUGAUGAAAACCUGCUCCAGAGCACUCAGGACCUCAGACUGGGGCGAAGGUUGACCUUUCAACAGGACAACGACCCUAAGCACACAGCCAAGACAACGCAGGUGUGGCUUCGGGACAAGUCUCUGAAUGUACUUGAGUGGCCCAUCCAGAGCCCAGACUUGAACCCGAUCGAACAUCUCUAGAGAGACCUGAAAAUAGCUGUGCAGCAACGCUCCCCAUCCAACCUGGCAGAGCUUGAGAGGAUCUGCAGAGAAGAAUGGGAGAAACUCCCCAAAUACAGGUGUGCCAAGCUUGUAGCGCCAUACCCAAGAAGACUCGAGGCUGUAAUUGCUGCCAAAGGUGCUUCAACAAAGUACUGAGUAAAGGGUCUGAAUACUAAUGUAAAUGUGAUGUUUCUUUAUUAUAUAUAUAUAUAUAAAUUAGCAAAAAGUUCUAAAAACCUGUUUUUGCUUUGUCAUUAUGGGGUAUUGUGUGUAGAUUGAUGAGGGGGAAAAAACAAUUUAAUCAAUUUUAGAAUAAGGCUGUAACCUAACAAUGUUGAAAAGGUCAAGGGGUCUGAAUACUUUCCGAAGGCACUGUAGUUCUCUAUUGGAUGAAAACUGUAAUUCUUUAUCUGUGUAUACAUGGGUCAUCCCAUGCUGUUUUGUUACGCCUACUUUUCUCUUUCUCUCAACAGUACACCUCCAGCAUGAGGGCCAAGUACCUGGCCAACAGUGGCCCUGGUCCCAGUACCUCCACACCCAUACCUCCACAGCACCCAUCACAGCACCAAGAACACGACUCGGCACACCACUCACGACAGCACACUCCACACCGCCCACCACUUCACCCUACAGCACAGCUCUAG